CACGACCUCAUCCCUAACAUAACCUGCAUACACAGUAAAAGACCUGCAAUCGAACGUUUCAUAAGGCUAUAGACGAGAGAAAGAGGAAUACGAGUAUGCGUCUAACCGAGGCGGGGUCGCUGUUUCUCGCCAUGCCCGGCGAACUAAGGAAUCGGAUAUACAGUCAUAUCGUAGAGGACAGCCUGUUCAGAGUCCUGCGGAAGCCAGUCUGGAGACAACCGAGGCCUGCUGAUCACAUCUGGAAUCCGAAUCUCUGGAAUCCAGCUUACGGCUUGACGCAGGUGUGUCGAAACAUUCGUUCGGAGUUCCUGCCGAUCUAUAGGGCCGCCAACCUGGACAAUGUGUUGCCACAUGAGCUGUACGAAUACAUCGAUGCCUUUCUCCAGGUGUCUGGCACUAGCGACGAUCAGAUUGCCGGCUCUGUCAUCAUCGACUUUUCGGCGAAUGCCUCGAUCCUUGAUAUCAAGCCUCUGCUUCGACUUCUGCGCGAAUUCAAAGACCUUCAUGUUGGUGCUUACGACAUCCUUGAGGACGAUGGUUUUGAGCCCGGCGAGUUCAUCCCACCCCCAGACAUUCGUGACAUCCUGUCGGAUCUCUACAAUAUAAUUGAUAUGGAAGCAUUCUAUAACUACGUUGAAAUAUCGAUGACUAUGCUGGAGGUCGAAUGCGACGAUACAAAAGGCGUAGAGAUCGUCUUUGAGCUCGGCGCAGACGACUGGGAGGGCUGGAUGGGCGUCUGGAGCAGGCCUCAAGAUGACCCCCAGAGUCGCGUGGGCAUACCACUGGAAAUAGCAGAAAAUGUCGUGCAAUGGGGAAGGAGAUGCGGGAUGGAACUCAAUCGAGCUGAAGGGAGUCAUCUGACUGUCAACUUUCGCCAGCGACCGCGAACGUCGCCACUGGUUUAUGCUACAUCAGGGUAGCUGUGGCUUUAGCUCACAUAUCCGCAGCCUGAUUUCCUGGACUCUGAUUUACUGUCGCUAGUCACUGCCCAACAGGAGCGCUCAUACCGGCACGCGCGUUAAAAAUAUACAUCAUUUGUCUCUGCGGGUACCCGACGACUUUUUGAGAAAGUACAAUGGCUAGGCUAAUCGAUGCAGGUACAGCCAAACAAAGACGGUUCGAGUCGCACACACGAGUUGGUGAGACGACGAUGUCUGCGCGGACACGAGUGCUUUCUUGUGGCGGUCAGAGCGAUCAACAUACCGUUGCUCCUGAUUCACCAUUGUUGCGGUGCAAGUCGGUCCGACAGGCCUUGAUCGUCACCUCUGUUGAC